GUUGUUCAGUACAGUCGGGAUCCCACAGCUAAUUUUUAUCUCAGCUCAUACUCAACCAAAAAAGAGGUACUUAAUUCCAUACGAUCUAUGAGGCACAAAAGUGGAAGGCCACUGAAUACUGGAGCUGCUCUACUGUUUAUUAAAGAAAAUAUUUUUACACAAUCCUCUGGAAGCAGACGUCAUGAGGGUGUACCUCAGAUUCUGUACUUAUUUAGCGGUGGUAGAUCUGGUGAUGAUGUCAGAACCAUUUCACAAAGUUUAAGAGAAAACAACAUAAAAGUCAUUACAAUUGGCACAAGUAAUUCUGAUACACUUGAGUUACAGACAAUGUCUACAACACCAGCGUAUGCUUUCUCUGUUCCUGACUUCACCUCCAUCAACAGCAUUGUCCAAAGAGUUGCCUCUGUUUUGACAAGUGGUGAUGAAAUUCCUGAGCAAUUUCCAACUCCUGGGGGCCAGACUUUGGAUGCAGGAAGAAAUAUUGUGUUUCUUAUUGAUGGAUCAGAUGAUGCUAGUGAUAGAUUCACAGCUAUACGAGAAUUUGUGGCCAGUUUGGCAGAGACAUUUGAUGUUGGUAAAGAAAAAGAUCAAAUUGCUGUUGUGCAGUUCAGUAAUACUGCAGCAAUAAGCUUUAAUCUCAGUACAUACUCAUCCACUUCUGAGGUGGCAGAUGCUGUACGCAACCUCAAACCAAAAGGGGGAAGGCCGCAAUAUAUUGGCCAGGCUUUGCAGUUUGUUAGAGACAGUAUUUUUACCCCAAGUGUUAGAAGUCAGCAAAUAGGCCGUGUUAGCCAAAAUCUUGUGCUUGUGGCUGGUGGCAGAUCAAGAGAUUCUCCUCGUGGACCAGCUAACGCACUAAAGAGUAUGGGAGUAGCCAUUUUUGCCAUUGGGUCAAGGCUGACAGAUCCUAUUGAAAUGGAAGCCAUUUCUUCGAAGACAGAUUAUGCCAUUGCGGUUUCUGAUUUUCAUGAUUUAAAAAAUUUACACCAAAGCCUCAUGACAAAACUUAUGGGUGAAAGGCAAAAAGGAGACAGAGAAAUUGAUGGCACAGGAUUUAAAAGGGAUAUUGCUUUUCUUGUGGAUGGUUCGGACAGUACAAGAAGAGGAUUUCCAGAAAUACGUGAUUUUCUGUACAAUAUUAUCACACAUCUCAAUGCGGGUAUUAAUAAUGAUAGAAUCUCAAUAAUUCAAUACAGCAAUGUGCCUGUAGCAAAUUUUUAUUUGAAUUCAUUCUUAAGAAAGGAAGAUGUAUUGAAUGCAGUAAAAGUGCUUAGCCAUAAAGGUGGAAGGCCCUUAAAUACAGGCUCUGCCCUUCUAUAUGUAAAGGAAAAUAUCUUUAUAAGUGCCUCUGGAAGCAGGCACAAAGAAGGCAUCCCUCAAAUAUUAAUUCUGCUGACUAGUGGAAAAUCAAGGGACAGCAUUUCUGAAGCAGCCUCUGCUUUAAAAAAAAGUGGGGUGUUAAUAUAUGGAAUAGGAGGAAAGUACUCAGACUCUUAUGAAUUACAUACAGUUUCUUCUGAAAAUAAAGUGCUUUCAUUGGCUGACUUCAGUGAAUUACCAAAAAUCCAGACACAGCUAUUAGAAGCAAUGAAAGCCAUUCCAAGUUACAACAAAAAGGAAUUCAUAGCUGAGAGAGAAAGACAGAGAAGAGAUGUUGUCUUCCUAAUGGAUGGAUCAGAUGGAAAUAGGAAUGGGUUCCCAGCAAUGAAAGAGUUUGUGCAAAGAAUGGUGGAGAGAUUGGACGUAGCUGAGAACAGAGUUCGUGUUUCUGUUGUCCAGUACAACAAAGACACAGACGUCCAUUUCUAUCUAAACACAUACACAAAAAAGGAAGACAUUCUUGAACGUGUCAGAGAUCUGAGGCACAAAGGAGGCAGACCCCUCUACACGGGGGCAAGUCUCCAGUACGUCAGAGACAAUGUCUUUACUGCCUCCUCCGGCAGCAGGCGGCUGGAGGGGGUGCCUCAGAUACUGAUCCUGCUUAGUGGGGGAAGGUCAUUUGACAGUGUCGAUGCAGCAGCCUCCUCUCUGAAAGAGCUUGGCGUUUUGAGCUUUGGAAUAGGAUCGAGGGGCUCUGAUAGCAGAGAAUUGCAGAGAAUUUCAUACGACCCCAAUUAUGCUCUGACCGUGUCCGACUUCAGUGAGCUUCCAAAAGUCCAAGAGCAGCUGCUGGCCACUGUCCAGGCUGUUCCAAUUCCCAUCACUUCAACGAAUUGCAGAUUCAUACCAACCCAAUUAUGCUCUGACCGUGUCCGACUUCAGUGA